AUGGCGGACAUGCUCGGCGGCGGCGGCGGCGUCAUGGGCCAGUUCCCACUGGAGCAGUGGUUCUUUGAGAUGCCCGUAUGCACAAGAUGGUGGAUGACAGCGGCACUGGGAGCGAGCGUGCUGGUACAGUGUCACAUCAUCACUCCAUUCCAAUUAUUCUACAGCUGGAAGACCGUAUUCUACAGAAGCCAGUACUGGCGGCUAAUAACUACAUUCUUCUACUUCGGCCCCCUCAGCCUCGACUUACUGUACCACAUCUUCUUCCUUCAGCGCUACUCGCGCCUCCUCGAAGAGUCCUCCGGCCGCUCCCCCGCCCACUUCUCAUGGCUUCUCACCUUCGCCUCUACCCUCCUCCUCUGCAUCGCGCCCAUGUUUAGCAUGGCCUUCCUCGGGACUGCGCUCUCGAGCACCCUCAUAUACAUCUGGAGCCGCAAGAACCCGGACACCAUGCUCAGCUUCCUGGGCCUGCUUGUGUUCCGCGCGCCGUACUUGCCGUGGGUACUGUUGCUCUUUUCGGUGGUGGUACAUGGGACGGUGCCGAAGGAUGAGAUGUGCGGGAUUGUGGUGGGACAUAUUUGGUACUUUAUGAACGAUGUAUACCCACCGUUACACGACGGACAUUCGCCACUAGACCCGCCUGCGUUUUGGAUCCGGCUGUUCGAUGGAAGGCCGGAGCCUCCACCACAAAUAGAAGAGGAUGCCCAAGACACGGCUCCGGAGCCGAUAGAU